AGGGUAUGCUUCGUUAGUGCGAAGUGUGCCACAAUUGGCGCAGCAUCUUCUGCUUCCAGUAAUCGAGCAAGUGUUGCACGCGUACGGUCCACCAGGCCGUGAACGAUGAACGAUUCGUUGGUGUCGGCGAUAUCGCCUCCCGCCUAAAUAAGGCGAACUUAAAAUUUCCCUUACCGGUGUGCCGUGGAUAGUGAACAAUCCACCCGAUCGUUGUAGGACGACGGUGGCGUUUGAGAAACAAUUUGAAAAUUACGCAUCGUAUUGCUCCGAAACAUAGCGCCAGUGUUAAUCGAAACGGAACGAGCAACAUCAAACGCAUCCCGACGUCAUGGAACCGUCAAAGGAGAAACACUCUAAAGUGAUAGAAAUCAAUGUCCCGACGGAUGUCACUGUACGGGAAGGAAUGAAUGCACCGGCCGAUUUCGAGACGGCCAUUGCCGCGACUGGGUAUGGUCGCUUUAACUACCUUCUGCUGCUGGUAGCGAUGCCCUGCUGCAUGACGACCGUGUUCGAGACGACCACCAUGUCUUACGUGUUGCCGAGCGCCGAAUGUGACCUGAACCUUUCGCUAGCGGACAAGGGCAUGCUGAAUGCCAUCACCUACACUGGAAUGAUAACAUCCGCCUUCCUUUGGGGCUUCCUGUCCGAUACGUACGGCCGGAAACGGUUGCUCGUCGUGGGCUUCCUGCUGGACAGCACCUUUAACGUGCUGUGCGCCCUCAGCCAGAACAUGGUGGCCAUAAUGGUUUUCAAAUUUAUGGGUGGCUUUGUCAUCUGUGGACCGUUUGCCGUACUGAUGGCGUAUCUGUCCGAGUUUCACAGCUUGCAGCAUCGAUCCCGCGUGAUGAUAGUGCUGGGAGUGUUUUACAGUGCUGCGAACAUGCUGCUGCCCGCCCUGGCCUGGCUGAUCAUACCACAGCCGUGGAAUCUGGUGCUCGGUGACGGUAUACUCGAACUACAUUCGUGGCAGAUUUUCAUAGCCGUCAGUUGCCUGCCGGGUGUGCUGAGCGGUAUCAGCGUGAUGUUUCUACCCGAGAGUCCCAAGUUUCUCAUGUCCAAGGGGCAGAACGAACGAGCGAUGGCCAUUUUCCGGCGCUUGUACACCAUCAACACCGGGGGCCGGCAAGACUUUCCGAUCAACGAGCUGGUGGAUGAGGUACGGCUGGUAGGAUCAAGCAUCGAACCGACGUCCGGUAAACAACAACCAUCAUCCGCCAAAGCCACACCCGCGUCCGGCAAUGGUGGUGUAGGUGAAGGAUUCCGCCAGCUAGGGAUUAUGUUCCGGAAGCCACAUCUGAAGAAUGCCUGCCUGGUGUACGGUAUCCAGUUCGGUAUACUGCUCGGGUUAAACACAUUCCGGCUCUGGGUACCACAGCUUUUCACCAUCAUUGAGGAGUAUGAGCACGAACUGCUACCCACCGAUGGAACGGCACCAUCGUUAGCCAGUGAGGCAACGCUUUGCGAAAUGUUAGCCUAUAAGGUCAACAAAACCGAGCAGUUACAGCAACAGUGGCUCGAGCACGACGUCUCUAGAGCACUUCACGGACCCGAACCGGUCGCUAUGGAGCCGCUGGACGAUGUCUUCAAGUGCACCGCGACAACCGAGGGCCGGGUCUAUCUGUACUCAUUAAUCAUCGGAUGCGUCGGCAUCGGAGCGUACGCCGUUACGACCAUCAUGAUUAAUUCUAUCGGCAACCGGAACAUACUCACGUACGGAUUGCUGCUGGCCGGUUCGAGCGGUACCGCCCUAUACUGGGCCCGAAGCUCACUCGUAACGCUGAUCCUAUCGUCCUGCUACAUCACCAUCUGCAGCAUAGCAUCGACGGCCCUGGUUGGAGCCGUUGUCGCCAUGUUUCCCACAUCGAUGAGGACAAUGGUGGUUUCGCUAACGAUGAUGUUUGGCCGUACGGGUUCGAUCAUCGGCAAUGUCAUGUUUCCGUAUCUGAUGGCGCUCGGGUGUUUGCCACCGUUUGUCAUGAUCGGUGCCAUUGUGAUAGCUGUUGCCAUGGUAUCUCGCUUGUUGCCGCGCACGGUCAAAAAACCGCUCCAAUAAUUAAACCCUGCAGGCCCGCGGGAACGGCUAAAAGCUCGGAUAUAAUUGCUCAAUCAAUAUUAAAAACCAACACGGGGAGAAAUUAUCCGUACACAAAACGGGAGAAGCUAAUUGGUAUACAUUAACGCAGCUCCUCACAACCGCAAACUCCGACCGUCCAUUAAACGGCAAACGUAUCAAUGCUGCGCGUAUCAUUAAAUCGUAAGAAUAAACAAGGAAAGGAACGUUUUUGAGCAACAUCACGUACUGUCAAUAUGGUCAUUGCAAAUAAAAGUGAUUAGGCGCACAUUAUUUUAAUUUUGCCAUCAUAAAUACAACAAGCUUCUUCCAUUCAAAA